AUGUCUGAUCGCCGACGCCGCCACAGCUACGACAACUAUAUAUACGACGAAUCGCGAGAUCCCAUCGUGAUUGAGAGAGAGCCCCAGGUGCGUAGCAGAGACCGCAUCAUCCAUCGACCUCCACAAAAACUGACGCUCGGUUCGAAGUUGUACAACCUCUUCAAGAUCCGGAGGAAGAAAGUUUCAAUCAUUGAAGAAACGCCUGUGAGAAGUCGACAUAAGGAAAGACAUAUUCGCGUAUUGUCACCAUCACCUUCGCCAUCUCCACCGCCGCCUAGAGAGCCGUACCACGUCAUGGCGGACAGACUUUUCGUUCCACUACCGCCUGAAAUGCCGCCUAAACGUCGUGACGACGAGGUGACCAUCAAGUACGUGAAGGUGAAAAAACCUAAGGACCGCCACCCCCUCGAUCCACACGACGUACAUCAACAUCCGGUUGUCGUCACGAAUGGCCAUCAUCGACAUGACAGGGAGCACGAGCGUGAUCGAGCAUUCCGUCCGGACCACGACAUCCGAGACGACUUGAUUCGCCGCGAACGACGCGAGCGGCGCGAGGCCGAAGAGAGAUUAGAACGCGAACGACAGCGGAGGCAUGAUGCCGAGAGGGUGGCGGCCCGGGCUCAGGCUGAAGCGGAACUCCUGCAGGAAAGACGCUAUGGUGCAAUCGAGAGGGAGCCGAGGGACCGAGAGCGAAGACGAGACAGGGAUCGGGACAUGGCCCAGGUGAUCCUGCGUGAACCGAGGGAGGUUGUGGUCGUCCCCAAUUCACCACCAACGGCGCUGGAUAGGGCCAGACAUGAUUUCCGUCGUACUCGGGAAAGAGAUGAGUAUGAGGAGCAGUUGAGAGGACGGCCCCAAAGGGCCAUCAUGUUCAAGGAUGAUGUGCGUGUGUGGAGAGUGGGGAGCAGGAGCAGGAGCAGGGAGAGGCCACGUGGGAGAUGA